GAGAGCAUGCAUGGUGACAUAUUAUUCAUCACUUGUUCUUCCAUUAAAAAGAGUGUGUUUUAAGUAGUAUUUGUAAGAAAAUGGCUUCCAAGACUUUGCUUCUUUUGGGUCUCUUUGCAUUUCUUUUCAUCGUCUCAGAAAUGGCCGCAGCGGGCGCGGUGAAGUCAGAGAGUGAGGAAACUGUGCAACCUGAUCAACAUGGUGGUCGCUACGGUGACAAUGGAGGCUACAGCGGAGGGGGAGGAGGCCACGGUGGCCACGGAGGAGGAGGAUACCAAGGAGGAGGAGGAGGAGGAGGAGGGGGCGGUGGGCGACGCGGAGGAGGGGGAGGUUACUGCCGCCACGGCUGCUGCUACAAAGGUUACCGUGGCUGCUCAAGGUGUUGUUCAUAUGCCGGAGAAGCUGUUCAGACUCAGCCUGGUCACUAAAUCUACAUAAUGUAUCAACCACCAUGUAUGAUUGCAUCUAUAUCUACACUUAAGGUGUAUAUAUGACUAUAAGUUAACCAUGGUGCGUUUGUGAUGAAGUGCCUUAAGUUUAAGAAAAGAAACUAUGGGAAUAAAGUUUCAUAAUGUAAUGGCUUUGUGCAUGUUUAAGUUGUGAUCUACGCUGUUUGCAUAGUAAAAUUGUUUCUCGUUUAAUUAA